UCAAGAGUUUGGCUUUCAUUUUAUUUGAAAUCAUGACAAAAGACAACAUAAAUCCGCCGUUUGCUAACGGAUAUUGGGUUUGGGACGAGGCUUCUAAUGGCCUAGCUUUUAUCAGUCGCGAUGUCAAAGAAACCACACCGGGAUUGCCGGCAGCUGGAGCAACACAACCGGCCAAAAAGGAUAAAAUGGGGCAAAUCAGAUUCAAAGACACUGUCGAUAAUUUAGGCUUGGCCCAAUUUCGGCGCAUCUACCAACGGAGAAUCAAGCCAACGGAGCCCCAAAUCGUCACAAUCCAGGACAUCAAAGACGUGGCGAUUUUCACAGCACUUCGGGCCGAUUUAACCCCCGAAUUCAUCGACUUUAUGCACACGCAACGAAUGGACGAAUUCCUGCGCACUUUAAUCGUUUACUUCCAGUACUAUUUCCAGGUCUGGGACAACUUGAUCCUGCGACGUGAGGAAGCCAAGCGCAAAUUGCGCCAACCAAUCGUCACAGUUUUGGAAAAUAUCGUUCGAGAUAAUUUGGCCGAUUUGCGCAGCAUGGUGGCCCGAAAUUACGGUUUUAUUUUAAUGGGUCUCGAAGACACUUUCAAGUACUACCAUAUGGGCAACCGCAACAAUGUCUCGCUUUCGGACAAAGACCGGCACUUGCACGAGUGUCUUUUAAGCAUGGCUGCGAAAAUCGUCUGGAUUGCUUUGCUGCGCAAAAACUUCACGGUCAUAGAAAUCGAGCUAAAUCGGCUCUUCAGAACCGAAAUUUUCAACACAAUGAGUCGCAUCAGACAGUCUACGUUUCAAACAAACGCGGAGGAGAAUCGGGUCUUGUUAGGCAAAGCCUUCACGCAAGAAAAAAAACUCAAACACCGAUCUCCCGCAGUCCAGGAGCUAAUUUUCGAUAAUCAUUGCUACAAAAUGCUAGCCAUUGGCCUCCUUCAAGUCGAACCAGUUGCAGAACGAAUUGCGUAUUUGGAGGCUGCUUACACAGCCCCCGAAGAAAUUCUCUUCGAUAUUCAAGUCGGUGUCGGGAUUCUCGGGCUGUCCAAAGACUAUUUGAACCCGAUUUUGAUGCCGAAAGAAGGCAUGGCCAAGCGAAUUCACAUCCCGGUGUUCAAAAUGCCCGAAAUGAAAAUAAACGAGGGCUUUAGGUGGGAUAUAGUGACCGAGACUUUGCCGGAAGUGCCCCCUAAAUGGACCGAAACGGAGCAAGCGAGGAGUGCGAGGAUAAGACAAGGGAAAAUGUGGCGUCGUUACGCUGCCGGGCUGUUAAUGAAAAUACCGGAUAUGUUAAGUGCAAACAUUGAAUCACCUUCUGGAAGUUAUUUAUUAUCAGAGUCGCUCGAAAACGACGAUAACUGACUCCUAAGAUAAUUCAUUAAAUCAUUCUCACUUAGAAA